UAAGAAAGGGUAUACAAAGCGUACGUAUAUGCUGCUGUGCUAUAUUUACAAUUGUGUAUAUAUUUCUAUUGAAUGCUAAUCAAUGACAUUUAAGAAUACAUACAUAUGGAGGAAGUGAACAAUCACGAAAAAUGUAUAUUUAUAAAACAAAAGUUUCACGUUUUAAACCAAGUUAGAACAACCAUUUGAAGCACUAAAGUCUACAAUGUUGGAUAUAUACUGGAUAUGAGCACUGUUCCUAUGGACUACUGGUGUCACGAGAGGGCGCUCAGUAGCUGUUUAAACUUCUCACAGGCAACAAACAUACACAUUGGCUAAUUGCACUACAUACAUAGUGAACGGCUGUUAACAGAGAUGUCCUAUAAUCUGAUAAAUUAAAAGUACACUAAUUAGUAAAGUGAAGAAUAAACAUUGAACUAGGAAAGUUAAGUGGUUAAAUAAAUAAACCUGGCAGUUAAUGAGUGUGGGCACUGGGUGAAGUGGGUAUUUGCAGCUGUGAGAUGAUGUCAUUGAUGACUUCAUGGAAUGCACUGAGUCCGUAAGCGAUGGAGAGAGAGAGAGAGAGAGAGAGAGUCACAGAUGGAAAACAUAUAUGAAUUUGUAAACUGAGAUUAUGUGCGUAAUACACUGGAGGAAAAAUGGGCUGCGACGGACCACAGCCUGGACAACAGCACGUCCAUGCUGCGCGAGUGGCUGAAGCGGGUGCAGGGCCUGUAUCACUACGUGGAGUGGAGGCCCCUGGAGGUGCCGCACUCCUACACGGACGAGUGGGGACCGAAGCACUGGUCCAGCUCGCGCUUCAGCCACGUGAUGAAGCUGCGGCAGGCCGCGCUGCGGGCCGCCCGGGAGCGCUGGGCCGAUUACGUACUGUUUUCAGACAGUGAUAACCUCCUGACCAACCCGCGGGUUCUGACGCUGAUGAUGGCGGAGAACAGGAGCCUGGUGGCUCCUAUGCUGGAGUCCCGGUCGCUCUACUCCAACUUCUGGUGCGGCAUCACCCCGCAGGGGUAUUACAAGCGCACGCCGGACUACCAGCCCAUCCGGGAGUGGAAGCGGCUGGGCUGUUUCGCGGUUCCCAUGGUGCACUCCACCUUCCUGCUGGACCUGCGCCGCACGGCCACCCAGGACCUGGCCUUCCACCCGCCCCACCCCGACUACAGCUGGGCCUUCGAUGACAUCAUGGCCUUCGCCUUCUCCGCGCGGCAGGCGGAUGUGCAGAUGUACAUCUGUAACAGAGAGCAUUAUGGGUUCCUGCCGGUUCCGCUGAAGCCGCAGCAGAACCUGGAGGAUGAGGAGGAGAGCUUCUCCCACACCAUCGCCGAGGCCCUGAUUGACCACAGCAUAGAGCCCUCGCAGUACCUGUACACCCCACCCAAACCCCAGGACAAAAUGGGCUUUGAUGAGAUCUUCCUGAUUAAUCUGAAGCGGCGUCUGGACCGCAGGAGCAGGAUGCUGAGCACGCUGGGCAUGCUGGGUAUCCAGGCCACGCUGACGGAUGCGGUGGACGGCAAAGCUCUGAACACGUCUCAGCUGCAGGCGCUGGGUAUAGAGAUGUUGCCGGGAUACAAAGACCCGUAUUCCGGCCGAGUUCUGACCCGCGGGGAGAUCGGCUGCUUCCUGAGCCACCACUACACCUGGACACAGGUUGUGGAGCGGGGGCUGGAGAAGGUUCUGGUUCUGGAGGACGACGUGCGCUUCGAGCCCAGGUUCAAGAAGCGGCUGAUGACCAUCGUGGAGAACGCCCAGCUGGCCAACCUGGACUGGGAUCUCAUAUACGUGGGGCGGAAGCGCAUGCAGGUGCACCAGCCAGAGCGCUCGGUGGAGGGCGUGAACAACCUGGUGGAGGCGGACUACUCCUAUUGGACGCUGGGCUACGCGCUGUCGCUGCAGGGGGCCAGGAAGCUGCUGCAGGCCCGCCCCUUCGGCAGGAUGCUGCCCGUCGACGAGUUCCUGCCGGUCAUGUUCAACAAGCACCCCAAUGAGGACUACAUGUCCCAGUUCGCACGGCGGGACCUGCGGGCCUUCUCCGUGGAGCCGCUGCUGCUGUACCCGACGCACUACACGGGCGAGCCGGGCUACGUGAGCGACACGGAGACGUCCACCAUCUGGGACGACGAGGCGGUGAGCACGGACUGGGACCGGCAGCACGCCCACAAGACCGAGCAGCAGGGCCGCAUCCGCCCCCUGGCCCAGAACAGCGUGACCGGGGACACGCCCCCGCCGGCCGCGCGCGCUUCCCGCGACGAACUCUGAGCCCACCGAGGGAGGGGCUGUUACACACACACA